GCCCGGAGUGGUCUGUGCGCUGGCCUGGAAGCGCUAGAGGCACCGUGCGGUGGGGUGUGCUGGCGGCUGGCGGAGUGAGACUUUGGCAGACAUGGCUCCCAGCUCGCUGGCUCCCGAACCCGAGAGUCGGAAGGGUAUCCGGGCGGUGCUGCUGGGGCCGCCCGGGGCUGGCAAGGGGACCCAGGCACCCAGAUUGGCUGAAAACUUCUGUGUCUGCCAUUUGGCCACUGGGGACAUGCUGAGAGCCAUGGUAGCUUCAGGUUCUGAGCUGGGGAAAAAGCUGAAGGCCACGAUGGAUGCUGGGAAACUGGUGAGUGAUGAAAUGGUCGUGGAGCUCAUUGAGAAGAAUUUGGAGAGUCCUUCAUGCAGAAACGGCUUUCUUCUAGAUGGCUUCCCUCGGACUGUGAGGCAGGCUGAAAUGCUUGAUGACCUCAUGGAGAAGAGGAAAGAGAAGCUUGAUUCGGUGAUUGAAUUCAGCAUUCCAGACUCCCUGCUGAUCCGGAGGAUCACUGGAAGGUAGGUGUGCCCAAAGAGCCAGCCCUAAUGCUUCCCCAGAGCCUUGUAGGGCAGAAGCUUGGUG